UGCAAACCAUAAAGCACUAUGGACAUUUUGUUCAUUUCUGGCCUAUGAAUCCAUGAAUCCAAUGAUAUAAAGAAUUCUCAGUGAGAAGAGUCCUACUGCCAAUAUAUAGAGAGCAGCAACUAUUCUGAAAUUUGAAAUCUUAAAGAGAUGCCUAGGAAACAGAGAUGUUAAGGGACUUGCUCAAAAAAGUUAAUAUGUAUCAAAGUUAGAAUUUGAAACUAAAACUUCCUAAAUCUGGGAUAAGCUGUCUAUCCACUAUACCAUGCUACCUAUAUGUGAUGGAAAUAUGGUUUAUUUUUUUUAUUAUUAUCAUUAUCAGAAUUCACAUUAUCCUGGGAAUCUUGUACUUGUUCAAAGACGUAAUCUUGUCAGAUUCACAUAUUGGCAUUAUGCUCCAUUUUCAAAGUGACCAUUCCAGAGGCCAAAAUUCUUGAUGGAAGUUCUACCAUCAUCUAUAGGUUUCUAUGUGUUAGCCAGACUCCCCUCCAAUCAGUCUUUUUCAGGUGAUGGGAAGGGGGAACACAACCAGCAUCUCUGAAUUCCUCCUCCUGGGACUCUCUGAGCAGCCAGAUUAUCAGCUGAUCCUCUUUGGACUAUUUCUAAUCAUGUACCUUGUCACCAUGUUGGGAAACCUGUUCAUCAUACUGGCGAUUGCCUCCAACUCCCACCUCCACUCUCCUAUGUAUUUCUUCCUGGCCAACCUCUCCUUCAUUGAUAACUGUUUUACUUCCACUACAGUCCCCAAGAUGCUGAUGAACAUCUGGACCCACCACCAAAGCAUCUCCUAUGCUGGGUGCCUCACUCAGAUGUAUUUCUUCAUGACCUUUGCCCUUCUGGAUGACUUCCUCCUUGCUGCCAUGGCUUAUGACCGCUAUGUGGCCAUUUGUCUUCCUCUCCAUUAUACCACAGUCAUGAGUCCUGCACGCUGUGUACUGCUAGUGACAAUAUCCUGGCUCUGCUCCCACCUCAUUGCCCUCUCCCUCACUCUCUUUAUGACUCAGUUCUCUUUUUGUGGAUCCCAUGUGAUCCCCCAUUUCUUCUGUGAUCUCCUACCCCUUCUAAAGCUUUCCUGCUCGGAUACUGACACGUUUCAGGUGGUGAUGUUCAUUGAUGCUGCCCUGGCUGGUUUGGUCCCAUUCACUUGCAUUUUGUUCUCCUAUGUCCACAUUAUCUCCACAAUCUUCAGAGUCCCUUCUGCCGAUGGGAAACGUAAAGUCUUCUCCACGUGUGGCUCCCACCUUUCUGUGGUCAUUCUCUUCUAUGGGACUGUCAUCCUAGUGUAUUUAAGGCCCUCGUCUUCCUAUUCAGCAGAGACAGGAACCAUCGCAUCUGUGAUGUAUACAGUAGUGACUCCAAUGCUGAAUCCCUUCAUCUAUAGCCUGAGGAAUAGGGAUAUAAAGGGGACUCUGAGGAGGCUACUCAGCAAAGGAAUGAUUUCCUUUUGGUGAAAUGCCAUAACCCUUAGCAGAAACUCAGGGACCAGGAGAAGAGCAUUCACCCUGUGUCUUCUCCUAAUGACUCAUGCUAAUAAAGACAUUUUGGUUUGAUAGUCAAGUGGCCCAUUUUUCUUUUUGUAGAAUGUCUUUCAGAAACUUUAUGGAUGUAACUUCUUUAAUGACUCAAGCAU